AUGGCAAUUCAAACAUUACUGAUAAUUAACAAAUCCGGUGGGUUAAUCUACCAUAGAAAUUAUGCAGGUGAGAAAAAUGGCCUAAAUAGCAACGAUUAUUUAAUUCUUGCGAGUACCUUACACAGUGUAUUUGCGAUUGCUAGUCAACUUACACCUCAGGCAGUUCAAUUAAAUGCUAAAAGAUCAAGUAACAGUACAGAUAAUAACUUCUCAAAAGGUGGUGAAAAAAUUCCAUAUAUACCAUAUGUUGGCAUGAAUGCAAAUGACUCAAAUAACACAACAAAUAAGCUGAACAAGUUAGGUAGUUUUAUGGGAGAUGAUUAUUUCAAAGAAUCAUUUGUCAGCUGGAAUAAAGGUGGUUUAAGACAAUUGAGUACAGAUCACUUCACUAUGUUUAUAUAUCAAACCAUGACCGGUAUGAAAUUUGUGGCAAUAAGUUCUAGUGUUUUACGUAAUACAGCAGAUCCAUCACACUCUGGUAAAUCAAAUACCACAGCAAAUGCUAACGGCAUACAAAACAGUACAACUAUUUCUUAUAGCACUGCACAAAACAGUAGCAGUGAUUAUAAUUCAAAUUCAUCAAAUUUACAAGUUCAAAUAGCUGAUAAUUUUUUAAGAAAAAUUUAUUGUAUAUAUAGUGAUUAUGUCAUGAAAGAUCCAUUCUAUUCAUUAGAAAUGCCAAUUAAAUCAGAAUUGUUUGAUAAAAAAGUUAAACAAAUGGUAUCCAAUUUGGAAUAG